CGUGGCCUCUGCGCGCACGCGCGUUGGCGCGCGCCGGCCCGGAUUGAGUUCUGCGCGGGGUGGCUGGGCGAGCCGGUGGCGGUGCUGCGCUGGGUGGCUGCCGCUCCACGUGCUCCCGGCGGCCGGUUGAGACCGUUGGCGGGGUCGGCUGACAGGGCAAGAGUUCAAACCUAUAUCAGAAAAUAUCUAAUCAUUUAACCAAAAAUGGUAUUUUUUACAUGCAAUGCAUGUGGUGAAUCCGUGAAGAAAAUACAAGUGGAAAAGCACGUGUCUAACUGCAGAAACUGUGAAUGUCUUUCCUGCAUUGACUGUGGGAAAGAUUUCUGGGGUGAUGACUACAAAAGCCAUGUGAAGUGCAUCAGUGAAGGUCAGAAGUACGGAGGCAAAGGCUAUGAAGCCAAGACACACAAAGGUGAUGCAAAACAGCAGGCAUGGAUUCAGAAAAUUAAUGAGUUAAUAAAGAAACCCAACGUCAGCCCCAAGGUGCGAGAACUUUUGCAGCAAAUCAGUGCUUUUGAUAAUGUUCCCAGAAAAAAGGCGAAGUUUCAGAACUGGAUGAAAAACAGCCUGAAAGUGCACAGCGACUCCGUUCUAGAGCAGGUGUGGGAUAUUUUCUCCGAAGCGUCCAGCAGUGAGCAAGAGCAGCAGCAGCCACCCAGCCAUACGGCCAAGCCACAUGCAGAGAUGCCGAUCACUAAAGUUCCAUCUGCAAAAACAAAUGGCACCACAGAAGAGCAAACCGAGGCGAAGAAGAAUAAAAGAGAAAGGAAGGAGGAACGGCAAAAAAACAGGAAGAAAGAGAAGAAAGAGCUGAAGCUAGAAAACCACCAGGAAAGCCUGAGGGGCCAGAAGCCAAAGAAGCGCAAGAAGAACCAGGAGGCCGGACAUGAGGCUGCUGGGGAGGAGGCCGCCGAGGCCAGCGGCCCACCGGAGAAGAAGAAAGCCCAUGAGGCUUCUGAAGAGGGAGCAGACAGAAAUGGGGGCCCUGGGGAGGAUGCUGCCGAGGGGCAGACCAAGACAGCAGCAGGAAAACGGAAGCGGCAAAAGCACUCAGGAGCUGAGUCUGGUUACAAGAAAAAAAAGAUGAAGUUACCAGGGCAGCCUGAAGAGGGAGAGGCUAAGGACCACGAGGCUCCAUCGAAAGGUAAAUUCAACUGGAAGGGGACCAUUAAGGCUGUUUUGAAACAGGCUCCAGACAACGAGAUAUCAGUCAAGAAGUUAAAGAAAAAGGUUAUAGCUCAGUACCAUGCGGUGAUGAACGACCAUCACACAUCGGAGGAGGAGCUCCUGGCCAUCUUCAACAGGAAGAUCAGCAGGAACCCCACCUUUAAGGUGCUGAAGGACAGAGUAAAGCUUCUGAAGUGAGGCUCUGUGGCUUCACACUCUGUCAUCCUAUUGGCUGCUUCCCUCUACUAUUUGUAAAAUGUGUAAUGAAUUAUAACAACCUGAAGAUUGCUUUCUGAAACUGUUUUUAAGUUAAGGGAAAAAGUAUAUUUUUGUUAAAACUUUCAUGAAAAAAUAAAAUAUAUCCUUGUCGAAUUCUGUA